UACCUCGCCGCUCAUAGUUGACGCUCUGUGACUGCCCUGUCAAGUGAAGGAUUAACAUGUGAAAUACCGGAGUUUAGCAAGUGUGCAGUGUUUCAGACUACUGAUACAUUCCAAGCUUGAAAACCUCACCAUAUAUAUAUAUAUAUACGUGAUCCCUUGGUUUAUUCACGUUAUGUUAUUCUGCUCAGACCAGUAUAUAAAUUUAACACGAAGAGAGCUACCAAGGUCGACAGUGUUUUCGCAAGCAUUUUCUUCAUUUGACACUACAAACUAAAUAACCUCGCCUCCUGUACGUGACAUCAGGUUUGCAACACUGCGUUACUCGGGACAGUUAAGUAGGUGGUGUAUACAUACGAAAUACCAGGGUAGCCGUAGUCUGCAACCUUUCACAAGCACUUUCCUCAUCUGACACUUGAGAGCAUUACCUCCCAUGCGUGACAGUGCAAAUCUUCCUCGCUCAGUCACUCCCAGUCAGCAGACUCCUUGUUACCUUCACCCAUUGGCGUCUGGAAUAUAGGUGUUGGUAGUGAGUUGGCAUGGCAGGCUCAGGUCUGAAAAAGCAGGCAAGCCGUCUUCGCUCACACUUCCAGCGGCACAGUGGUGCGACCCAGGAGGUGGUGGAGACCCCAAGCACAGUUAACAGGAUGUGGUGGAUGGAUCUGCUGCUGCGCACCUUCAGGCUUGUCCUGGAAGCUGCGUCACGACUCAUCUUUGGCAUCAUGUACCAUGGCAUCACACACACCCCUCUGCCUCCCAUCACCAACCUUGUGCUUCUAGAGUCUGCAACAGCUCUUGCAACUAAGAUCAGGACAAGAAAGCUGACCAGUGAGGAGGUAGUGAAGUCAUUCAUUGCUCGCAUUAAAGAAAUCAAUCCGAUCCUGAACUGUGUGGUUGACGAUCGCUUUGAAGACGCUCUGCAAGACGCAAAGGAAGUUGACGAACUUAUUCGCCUUGGUACAAUGGAUGAGGCAACACUGGCCAAGACAAAGCCAUUCCUGGGUGUGCCAUUCACCACCAAGGACUGCUUUGCUGUGAAAGGAUUGAAGCAGACAGCUGGACUAUGGAUAAGGAAGGACAUGGUGGCUGAGGAAGAUGCUGAUGCUGUGAGGGUGAUGAGGGAGGCUGGUGGUAUUCCCCUGUGUGUGACCAAUGUUUCUGAGCUGUGUAUGUGGUGGGAGAGUUCCAACACCAUAUACGGAAGGACCAACAACCCUUAUGUCAACUGUAGGAUUGUUGGAGGUUCAUCUGGUGGUGAGGGCUGCCUCCAGUCGGCCUGUGGUGCUCCAUUUGGCAUCGGCUCUGACAUUGGGGGAUCCAUCCGCAUGCCUUCCUUCUUCAAUGGAAUAUUUGGCCACAAGCCUACUUAUGGUAUAGUGAGCAACCUUGGGCAGGAGCCAGUGGCCUCUGGGGAAGCCAAGGAAUUUUUGGUAACAGGUCCAAUGUGUAGGUAUUCCCAGGAUCUUGGUCCCAUCCUGAAGGUCCUUGGCGUUGGCAACUCCCAUAUGUUGAAGCUUGACCAGAAGGUGGACAUCCGCAACCUGCGCUACUUCUAUAUAGAGGAUGACGGCGGCUCCCCAAUGGUGACUCCCGUACAGACUGAACUCCGAGAUGCUCAGCGCAAGAUUGUCCAGCACCUUGAGAAAGCAUAUGGCAUCAAGGCUAAGAAGAUUACUCUCAAGAAACUAAAGGCAUCUGUGUUUAUAUAUUUUGCCAAGCUUGGUAGUGUAGAAGAAGCCCACACAUUCUGCGAAGAACUGGCAUUGAAAAAGGGAAGCAUCAACGUGUGGACAGAAUUGGUCAAGUGGUGUUUGAGGUGUUCUAAGCACACCUUUGCUGCGCUGCUGCUUGGUGUGCUGGAGAAACUCAACAACCACAACAAACACACAGAAAACUUCACCAAACUCCUUGCUAUGUGUAAUGACCUCAAGCAGGAAAUGAAAGAGCUUUUAGGAGAUGACGGGGUGCUGCUCUUCCCAAGCCAUCCUACUGUGGCACCAUACCAUGGCCAGCCACUCUUCAGGCCCUUCAACUUUGCUUACACUGCCAUCAUCAAUGUUAUGCUGCUCCCCUCCACACAGUGCCCUCUUGGUCUGGGUUCUGAAGGUCUGCCUCUUGGUAUUCAGGUUGUGGCCAACCACUACCAGGACCACCUCAGCCUGGCUGUAGCCACUGAGUUAGAGAAAGCUUUUGGUGGCUGGGUCUGUCCAUCAGAAGUUAAAUGAUUCACCUUUAAGUUAAUAUAUUGGUGUUUCUUGGAGCACAUUUUGUCCUAUACAAUCUAUUUAGUACUAUUUCUUCACCCAAGAUUCUUGAUUUUAAAGAUUUAUGUCUUUUUAUCAUUGUGUGUUUGACUAUGGAUAACUUUUGCACAUUUAUAUAGUAUUUAAGUGUUGAUAACUUAAAAUAUUUUGUCUGUUGUUGAUUUUAUCAGUGUGGAGUAUUUAUUUGAGUACAAGAGGGAGUAUUAUAAUUUUAUGAGGCUACACGUGGGUUAUGGGAAUAGCAUAAUGUGGAUAGUGAAAUAUGAAUGAGAUGCCUGAGAAACAUAUAUGUAACAUGUAUGAGAGAGGAAUGAGAGCACAGACAACUGGUGUUUUAGGAGGGUUACCAGACUGGGCAGAGCAGUGCAGAGAAGAGGGUGUGACGGCUUGUGCUUAUAGAUAGUGGAAAAAUAACAUUCAGGGAAGAUGAUCUGAUGCACGAGAUGUAACUAUGGUUUAGGAAAAAAAAAUGUGAAAGUUGAGUAAAAUUAUUUAUUAACUUCCUAACCAUAUACAAAGAUAAUAAUCUCCAUGACUAGUACUAAGUGUAUGAUAAUUACUCUUUAGUUUUGUUUCAAGGCACAGCUCAUAGCAAUUAUUACCCAAUGCCAGAUACAGCACAAUGAGUUUGUCCCUGUUCAAAAACCAAAGAAUGACCCAAAGGUUCCCUCGGUGGUCCAUCAUUACCACGGCUGGCUUUGUCACCACUGUUUCCCCUACCUGAGUUUACACAUUCAGCACAACAACCACUGAAUUAUGUUGAGAGGUGCAACAAUGAACUAGAAUUUUGCCUCCAUUAUAACAUGACUUCAACUGUAAUUUUAUAGCAAAGGUAAAAUCACAUGAGCCAGACACAUAAGGAAAUUCUUGACACAACAUUAAUGAAAUUGCUGACAAUUUUAGACAUUACAAUAUAUGAAAAUAAAGGAAGCUGCAGGUAACCUUCAAACCUUAAUGUGGCAGUUCCUGUAGACAACAACUACUAACUAAUAGUUCCCAGAUGCUCACCAAUGGCAGGUAAACUUCAAAAAGGAAAACAUUGGAAUUUGGCAAAGUCAGCCAGUGGCUCAAAGAAGCUUCAUGUUCCCCAGUUUUCCAUUCUGUGCUUCUAACCUUUAUCUCUGAAAGUUCAAAGUAUUAGGUCAGUGUCUUUUCAUCUCAAUACACCACACCAUCCUUAGGGACCUCGUAGUGUGUGUGUGUGUGUGUGUGUGUGUGUGUGUGUGUGUGUGUGUGUGUGUGUGUGUGUGUGUGUGUGUGUGUGUGUGUGUGUGUGUGUGUGUGCAUGUACAUAUGUGGGUGUGUCAUGAGCUAGAAGUGUUGUAUAUAUUUUUAUCCAGUACUGUUUUGAAAAAAUUUCUCACUCAAAUUCAGUAUUGCUUUUUUCAUUAAUAGAUUCUUUAUAAGUUUAUUACAUUUAAGAAAUAUAUUUCAUUUAAUCAACAUUCAUUCAAAUUCUGACGUAUUUAUUUAUUGGAAGUACUCUUAGCAAGGACUUUGAUAGUUUAGUUUAAUUGAUUUGCUGUUACUUCCUCAGGGAAUGGCCUUGAGUGGGGUGAGCAUGAGAACAUUAGUGUGCUUUCUUUAAGUAAUUUUAUACUUAUAUUUGAAAGGAAAUAGCUGUAGGAUCUCUCUAGUGUUCUAUGGUCUGUGGGCAAAUUAUUCCAUAGAGUACGUACAAGUAGAGGACAUUAUAUUGUCACCUUUGAUAUUUCAAAAAGUAAAUAAGAAAUAUUUAGAUGCAGAAAUGAAAUAUAGGAGCAACAAAGGUAUUAUACUAAACACAUAUCAAUAAAUGGGGAUAUUGGUUAAUUAUAAAUAGGAUAAAAAGAUAUAAUAAUAAAGAUGGCAAAAUUAUAGUUAAAGCUUCACAGCUGAGCCUUUCUUGUUUUGUGCAGAUGUUUAGCAAUGCCAGCAGUGGAGUAGUGAGGCUUUGGUUUGUUCUGUACUGAGCACCAGCAUGACUACUUUUUUUGCAUAUAUCAUUCAUACUCCUAACAUGCAUGUAGAUGUAAUAUACAUGCAAAUAUUUUUAACACAUUCUCUCUCUCUCUCUCUCUCUCUCUCUCUCUCUCUCUCUCUCUCUCUCUCUCUCUCUCUCUCUCUCUCUCUCUCUCUCUCUCUCUCUCUCUCUCUCUCUCUGUUGAAAUGUCGCUGGACAGCACAAGGGUAUCCAGUGGUACAGGGGAAAGUGAACAUGAAAGAUGAUUAUUAGGCUGUAUUACUGAAAUAGGACUUUGAUAGUGCUAUUGGUAAACUAAACACUUAGCAAUAUGUUUAUUGAUGCUGACAGUGCAUUCAAACAGCUCUCACUGUUUCUGCAUGAGUUGAGAUCAUGCAAAAUUACUCAUAGUUUGGUUUUGAUUACUGCUAACAGGUUUGUUAUUCAGACUUACAUGAAUUAUAAUUUACUCUCCUUAAAAUUAUAUCUUUGUCUAAGAUAUUUUUAGUCUAGAUUUUUUUUCCAUUUUCAUUAAUGAUUUAUAAAUUGCCCAAUAUUUUAAGGUGAUUCAGUAUGGUAAUUCAUUGCAUUCUUGCUCUUUAUUGUUUUCAUAUAUUCAUCUGACCCCCACCAAAGCUAUGGUAUUACGUAGUCAAGUAUCAUGUACUCUUCUGAGUAGCAUCUAAUGUAGAACAAAAAAAAAUUUUGAAAGAAUUUUUAAAUGUAAUAAGUAUAUUGUAUUCCCAUGGAAAUCCAUCUCCUUAACUGAAAUGAGAUUAUAUUCCUUUGCUACUUGAAGGCUGCAAAGGACUCAAGGACACAGUGCAUGAUAGCAUUGUGAGAUCUCCAGACAGUGAUGUCGUGUGUCUGUGAUACACAGCGAAAUGAAAGCAUGACGCUGUGUGCUGUGCAAUGAGCCAAUUGUAAACUGAUAGUGCCAAUUCAUUUAGAUCAUUGGUUCUGUGGUGUAUUGUAUUUGAUCAUUAUUCCAAUGCCUGGUGUGAAGGUACAAAUGUAUACAUCACUGGGUGAGUUAUAGUUUGUAACCUAGGUAGUGCAUAAACUUAGCUUAGUGUCUGCAAGAACUGUUAUAGUACAACUGUUUGUUAUUAUCUUACAAAAUGUCAUGGCUGGAGUGAAUAGAUACCUGCAAGUAGUGUUUCAUACUGUGCAGCAAGAAAAAGGGUAUUUUUGUUCCUCGGUGUCAUUGCAGUGAGAUGCUUUCCUGUAGAAAGAGUGCAUCUGUACACCAGUUGUCGUAUUUGAAGCGAAUGUAAGGAUGGCAUUCCAUCCAUAGAUUAAAUAUACUUUUAUUAUGAAGCUGUUGUA